GAAGUUAGAAACCCAUCAGGGUAAGCACAGUAGAAAAUAAAUCUGAAGUUUCCUGUAACUGAAGCUUUGUUUUGGUCUCUUGAAAACAAGACCUCAAUUAUUUAAAUCCAUCUGAAGGCUCACAUUCAAGUUGCUAAAAGAACAAAAAAUGAGCAAUUCAACACUUGACAAACCCGUUUCUAAAUUUGUCCUCAAAAAGCUUGCAAAACAAACAGUAUUGGUUUUUGAUUUUGAGGCUACAUUAUUGAAAUCAUCAUCACCUGAUUCCUUGUUUCCAUACUUCAUGGUUGUAGCAUUUGAAGCUGGAGGGCUCUUAAGAGCUCUCUUCUUGCUUCUUUCUUACCCUCUUGUUUGCUUAGUUGGAAAAGAGCUGGGACUCAAGAUCAUGGUUUUUGUAUCUUUUUUUGGUAUUAGAAAAGAUAGGCUGAGGAUUGGAACAGCAAUUCUGCCCAAAUUCUUUUUAGAAGAUGUUGGGUAUGAAGGGUUUGAUCUUGUUAUGAGAUGUGAGAAGAAGAUAGGAGUGAGCUGCUUGCCAAAGGUCAUGACUGAAGGGUUCCUGAAAGAAUAUAUCGGGGUGGAGGAUGUAGUGGGUAGAGAUUUGAAGGUGGCUUAUGGGUUUUUUGUAGGCUUAAUAGAAGAAAAAGAAGAGGUGGGUUUUCCUUGUUUAAAGGAGCUUCUUGCUAAUGCUAAGAAGAAUUCUGUGGGAAUCAUUGGGUGCUCCUCCAAUAACUGGCUUCGUCAACAAGUAUUUCAACAUUGCAAGGCAGUUUAUUUGUUGAAUGAAACGGAGAAAAGGAAUUGGAAAAUCCUCCCGCGAGAAGCAUACCCAAAACCAUUUAUCUUCCAUGACAGCAGAUUAGGUUUCAGGCCAACUGCAUUAGCCGCUAUUUCCAUGUUCAUGUGGCUUCCAUUUGGGCUUUUCCUCUCCAUAAUCAGAAUGGCUGUUGGCAUUUUAUUGCCUUUCAAAUUAUCAUCUCCUAUCCUGGCUUUAACAGGUACAAUAACAGUAAUAUCUAAACCUAAACACACUUUUACCUCAACAACAAAAAACAAAGGAGUGCUCUAUGUUUGUAACCACAGAACCCUACUAGACCCAAUCUAUAUCUCAUUAGCUCUCAUGAAACCUGUCACUGCAGUCACCUAUAGCAUGAGCAUAUUCAAUGAGAUCAUUUCUCCGAUCAGAACAGUACGAUUAACCAGAGACCGAGAAAAAGAUAGAAAAAUAGUGGAAAAGAUGCUAAGCCAGGGUGAUCUUGUCGUUUGUCCAGAAGGAACGACUUGCAGGGAACCGUACCUACUAAGGUUUAGCCCAUUAUUUGCAGAUGUAACUGAUGAGAUAGUUCCUGUUGCUAUAAACGUGAAGACAAGCAUGUUCUAUGGAUCAACAGCCACUGGACUUAAAUGCUUAGACCCUAUAUUUCAUUUUCUGAACCCGAGUCCAAUAUACUUCAUCAAGAUUCUUGAUAAGUUACAAGAUUCUGAAACAUGUAUGGGUUGCAGGAGAUCACAGUUUCAAGUUGCCAAUUAUGUACAGAGUGAAAUUGCCAGAACUUUAGGGUUUGAGUGCACCAGUCUCACAAGAAAGGAUAAAUACAUGGCUUUAGCAGGUAAUGAAGGAAUUGUUAGAACUACAAAAUACUAGUACCUACUACCUACUAGCAAUUUGUAACUUCAUGUGCUAAGGAAGGGCAGGUGAGGGUCUCUGCUUUUCAGCUCUAUUAGUUCAUAAUUUUUUAGAAUAAUGUUACUGCUAUAAUGGUAUUAAUUCAAGAUUCAAAAUUCUGCAAAAGCUAUAAUAUAUUAUUCAAAACUCGGUAGAGUUUUUCUGUGGGGAAAGGAAUUUUAAUGAACUUUACUUAUUUUUAAUAAGAAACCUUUUUGUAUAUUGGAAA